AUGAGUGCAUCUAAUGCAUUAUGCUCAUCUACUUCAUCAAUAGAUCUAAAUAAUUUAUCUCCAAUUCAAGUCUUCAUUAGAAUUAAACCCAAUAGUACAAACGACCAAUAUGAAAUAAUUCCGUUCAAAUACUCUAGCAAUAAUACAAUUCUUACUCUACCUAAUUCACCUCCAUUAUCAUUUGAUAAUGUGUUUCUACCUCAAUCAACUCAAAAUGAUAUAUUUGAAUCAAUUAUUCCGCUUCUUCAUUUACCAUUAUAUGGUUAUAAUUCAACUAUAUUUGCAUAUGGUCAAACAAAUAGUGGUAAAACAUAUACUAUGUUGGGUCCUGAUGGUAAAUUAUCUCUAGCUGCUGAUUUAAUGGGGAUCAUACCAAGAACAAGUAGAUAUUUGUUUUCUGCUAUACAUAAACUUACAUCAUCGUCUCCGUCCAUACAAUAUCAAGUACGUGUGAGUUAUUUAGAAGUAUAUAACGGUCGUGUUUAUGACUUACUAAGAAAGAAUGAUAAUAAGAGUAACAACAAGCUGCAUUCUCUGAGCAUUCGUGGAGACAACCAGGGUAAUAUAAAUGUUACGGAUGCAGUAGAAAUAUCUGUACAUAGUAGUUUAGAAUUAGAGAAUAUAUUAUUGCAAGGUAAUCAAAGACGUGCAACUGCAUUUACAUAUAUGAAUGCAUCAUCAUCAAGAACAGGACAUAGGUAUGAUGAACAACAGCAAUGUAUAUUACUUAUACAUGGUUCUGGCCCUGCAAAUUCUUCAAUGUAUUGGAACGAUCUUGUAAGAAGGCUAUUAUUAGCAACGUCAUCGUCGUCUUCGCUGUCUCCCUAUUAUUUUGUAGCUAUAGAUUGUCCAGGUUAUGGUCGUUCAGAUGGUGAUAAACAAACAAUUCGUUCUUAUCCUGGCGCUUUUAUUCAAGAAAUAAUUGAUUGUAUUUCACCAAAAACACAUAAAGUAUAUUGCCUGAUUGGUUCUUCUCAAGGAGCAGCUGCUGUAUUCAAUGCAUUAGUCGAAAAACCCGCUAUGUCAUCAUUUUUAGCUGUGCAAAAUCCUGUUUCACACGAUCCUCAACGUUUUGUGUGUAUAAAACAGCCUACAUUAUUAAUGUACGAUACAGAUGAUGAUGGCCAUCCUGUUAGCGUUGGCAGAUUAGUUAAGAAGUAUAUACCAAAUAAUCAUUAUUAUGAAUAUGCAAGUUCAAAACAACCAAAGUGGUUAGAACAAUAUGCACAUUUAAAGUUGUUACAAUUAUUCAAUGAAUAUGACGUAAACAAUAAUACAACAAAUGCUUUAUCUUUACAAUUAACAGCAUCUUCGAAGAUUCCUCUUCCUUCUCUUCCUGCUUGUGUAUUUAUAGCAGGCGGUGUAAUCUGUUAUUUAUCAUCAUAUAAUCGUGAGCCAGUUUAUAAAAAUUCAAAGAAAGAAUUAGAAUCAAUUUUAUCAGCAUAUGAAAACCAAAGUGUUCAAAAUGACGAUUUGUUCGUUGAAAAAAUUGAACCUGAAAGGAUCGAAGAUGACGAAAGUAAAGCGCUAAGACUAGCUACAGAAUUAGCCCAAACACAAUGCGAUUUAUGUAACCAACACAUUAGUGGCAGUGAUAUGCCUAAAUCACUUCGAUUACCCGAUUGUCGUCAUUUAUUAUGUUAUUCAUGCUGUUGUGAGACAAUAAAGCUUAAUUCAUACGAAUGCCCGGUUGUUGGUUGUGCUACGAAACUUAAUGUUCCUUCCGCACAGCUAUCAUUAUAUUCUUUACCUUUCUCUUCAGAUAAUGAAAAGCAUAUAAUAAUACAAUUUGGAAAUUCUUGUAAAUUAUCAUCAUCAUCCAGUCAACGCUACGAAUACACCGCAUAUGUGAAAUGUAAAACGACCAAUGUGAUUGAUAGCGUUUCAUUUGAUAUUAAUCCCGAAUAUCCCAAGAGUGCUAUACGUGUUUCUAAAGCUCCAUAUGAAUUAAUUCGAAUAAUGAAUUUAGAAUUCACGUGUCAUUUUAUUAUUCAAUGGAAUAAAGUGUUGAACUGGCCUAAAUUACGCAUAACCUAUCAUGUUCAAAACAAACAAGACAAUUUUACAAGAAAUUUAUUAAUCAGAGUACCAAAUCAAGGCAAUACAAUGGCUAAAUCGCAUAAAACACGUGAAGAAGUUGUGUAUCAUUGGACUGAUAGAGACAGAACAAAACCGAAUAUAAACUAUGUGGUAUUGUCAUAA